UCUUCAUACAGCAAGGGGUUAGAUGUAAGACUUGAAGUCAGCAUGUCUUUGAAAUGUGGGCAUCUCUUCACACUCUUCUUCCUUAUUGUGUCCGUCGCAGGAAUUCAAGACAGAAGCAGGCUAAAUCCAUCAGAGACCCUUCACGCUAUCAGCUUAACAAACCUGCCAAACCCACCAAAGCAGAAUUCAGGGAUGAGGACUAGAUUUGAAAUGGAAAAGCAUCGCAUCAAGAGGUCUGAGUUCUUCCAGUCAGAGGUGAAAGUAUGUCCGCAGGAGACAAUGAGGGAAGUCAUAGCAAGCCACCAAACAUACUACACAGUGAGAGUUUGCCAGGAGGCUGUAUGGGAGGCUUUCCGGAUCUUUCUGGACAGAAUUCCCAGCAGCUCAGAGUACCAGCAAUGGGUUCACAAAUGCCAGCAUGAGUCUAUGUGCAUCUCAGAUCUCGCCAUGAAUUUCAGCAAUUCUCAGGAGCACAUAGACAUGGUCUACAGGAGGGUGAAUAUGAAUAGUGAAAAAUUUGAAAGAAAUAUAACUGAAGAGCCAACAAAUGAUGCAGCACAAGGAAUGGAAGGUUCAGAGGAAGUCCUGACUGAAGCAACUGUAGAAGUGUUUGUUCCCCCAGAUCAGUCUACUACUGUCCGCACUAUGCCAGACGUCUCUACUGCCUCACAGGAGUUGGAUCUUCAUAAUGUGGUUCCUGAGCAGCCAGUACAUCAGGUCAUCGAGUUCAGCAUUACGCUGAUGGACUAUGGAUAUCAGGAGAUACUGAGAGACACUGAUUCACCUCUGUAUCAUGACCUGUCACACCAUCUUCAAGAUCAGAUGCAACAAGCUUUUGCUGAUCUUCCUGGAUUUAUGGAUGUCCAAGUGUUAAGAAUUAGGUAGGUGUACUCAUUUAUCAUGCCUUUCAUUAUAAUAGCAGUGACCAGCUGUUCACGUGAGCUCUGAAUUACUGCUGUGAAAAUAAUUUACAUUCACACUGAAAUACAAACCCAUUUGUGUUUGUAUUCUGCUUCUCUACCAUCAUGCUACUAUUCAUAUUUCACUAGGAAACUUGUGCAUGACUGAUUUGUUGUUGCAUAUGAUUUUUUUUCUGUUUCCUUUCCUAC